GCCUCUGCCAAGAUGGCCGCGCCCCAGGCCGUCACCCCGGGCGCCGCCAUCGCAGCCGCCGGACCAGCUGAGGCCGCGCUCCGGGCAGCCGCCAUGUCGGUGUCCAGCUGCAGCCAGAUUCUGACAGAGCCGGAGACCGUGGGCCGGAGGAGAAGGGCGGGAACGGCCGACGAGGCCAGACAUCCACCGGAGAUGGCUUUGUCCGAGCCCGGGGCUGGCGCCGCGGGAUCAGUAACAUUCAAAGAUGUGACUAUGGCCUUUACCCAGAAGGAAUGGGAGCAACUGGAUCCUACUCAGAAGAACCUGUACAAAGAUGUGAUGCUGGAAAACUACAGCAACUUAGCCUCAAUGGGCUAUCCAGCUCCAAAACCAGACAUGAUCUCCAAGUUGGAAAAAGGAGAAGAGCCAUGGUUAGGGAAGGGGAAAAGGCCCAGUCAGGGUCAUUCAAAUAAAAUAGCAAGACCCAAGCAAAUAGGAACCAACGGAAAAGAAGUCCAGCAAGAUGAUGAUCAGCUUGACAGUAAACAGAAAUCUCGAAACAAACUCCCCAGGGAAGUUGCAGUCAAGAAGAAAACUCUGACUAAGAAGAAAAGUAGUGAGUGUGGUUCAUUGGGGAAAAAAAAUAACAUGAGUACAAAAUGUGUUCCUUCAAAAAAACGGCUGCUUAAAUUUGAUUCACGUGGAAAGAGCUUGAAACAGAAUGUAGACUUACCUGAUCAUAUAAGAAACCGUGCAAAAAAGAAACCUGAUUCAGCUAAAGAACACAGGAAGUCAUUCAGCCAUAGCUUAUCUGAUACAAAGAAAAUCAAAAAACAAACUGGAAAGAAACAUGAGCAAUUAUCCAACCAUAAGUCAUCUGAUAAGUGUGAAAAAACUCAAACUGGCAAGAAACGUAAGAAAUUAUGUCAUCAUAGCUCAUCCCAUGCUAAGCAGGACAAAAUUCAAACUGGAGAGAAACAUGACAAAUCAUCCAGGCUUCGCUCAUCUACUAAGCACAACAAAACUCAGGCUUCUGUGAAGCCCUAUGAAUGUACUGAAUGUGGGAAAGUUCUCAGCCAUAAACAAGGACUCAUUGACCAUCAGAGAAUUCAUACUGGGGAGAAACCAUUUGAAUGUAAUGAAUGUGGGAUAGCCUUUAGCCAAAAGUCACACCUUGUUGUACAUCAGAGAACUCACACUGGAGAAAAACCAUAUGAAUGUAUUCAGUGUGGCAAAGCCCAUGGUCAUAAACAUGCUCUCACUGACCAUCUAAGAAUUCAUACUGGUGAAAAGCCCUAUGAAUGCACUGAAUGUGGGAAAACCUUCAGACACAGCUCAAACCUUAUGCAACAUGUGAGAUCUCAUACAGGUGAGAAGCCCUAUGAAUGUAAGGAAUGUGGAAAAUCCUUUAGGUAUAACUCAUCUCUUACUGAACAUGUAAGAACUCAUACAGGUGAAAUACCAUAUGAAUGCAAUGAAUGUGGAAAAGCCUUUACGUAUAGCUCAUCUCUUACUAAACAUAUGAGAAUUCAUACAGGUGAGAAACCUUUUGAAUGUAAUGAAUGUGGAAAAGCUUUCAGCAAGAAGUCACACCUCAUUAUACAUCAAAGAACUCAUACUAAGGAGAAACCUUAUAAAUGUAAUGAAUGUGGAAAAGCCUUCGGACAUAGCUCAUCACUUACUUACCAUAUGAGAACUCAUACAGGUGAAAGUCCCUUUGAAUGUAAUCAGUGUGGAAAGGCCUUUAAACAAAUCGAAGGCCUUACUCAACAUCAGAGAGUUCAUACUGGGGAAAAACCCUAUGACUGUAAGGAGUGUGGGAAAUCCUUCAGCCAAAAGUCACACCUCAUUGUACAUCAACGAACUCAUACAGGAGAGAAACCCUACGAGUGUAAUGAAUGUGGAAAAGCCUUCAAUGCAAAGUCACAACUUGUUAUACAUCAGAGAUCCCACACUGGAGAAAAACCGUAUGAAUGUAAUGAAUGUGGAAAAGCCUUCAAACAAAAUGCAUCCCUUACCAAACAUGUGAAAACUCAUUCAGAAGAAAAACCUCAUGAGAGAAAUUAAUGUAAGAAAUCUGCUAACUAAACACUUAAAGUUUUGUUUAACUUUGGAAAUAUUCUGAGCUU